UGGGAAGGAGGGGCUAGAAAGAGGUGGCACAACCAUAUAUAUGAGGGUAGACUGUGUUGAACGUGGGAAGUCAGACAGAGAGAACCUGAAGCAAAGCUAUUUUCUGGUGCUAAUACUGAGCAGGCUUCUAUCUUUCACUCACUCCUGCUGCAGGCAAAGUAACUUUGCUGUGACGCUCCUUCACACGGUUAAGUCUGCACACGGUCUACAACCUCUGCUGAACAGCAAGACUUGGGUUUGUGUGUGUGCUAAAGGGGAACAUGAGCAGCCUGAUGAGUGGCUCGCUAUUCUCAGUGCUACUAGUUCUAAUUCUGAGGCUGCAGGAGUUCGUGGAUGGAUGUACCUGCCUUCCAGUUCAUCCGCAAGUUACAUUCUGUAACUCCGAUAUAGUGAUACGAGCACUAGUUACUCGUAAAAGACUGGUGUCUUUCAAUGACCUGGAACCUUACAUGAUCAAGUAUGCAGUGAAACAAGAAAAGAUGUACAAAGGCUUUGAAAAGAGGAAAUUGGUGGAGUAUGUAUAUACAGCUUCCAGCUCUGCUGCAUGUGGUAUCGAUCUGGAAACUAAUAUCCAGUACCUCAUAACAGGCCAAAUUGGUAUUCGGGGGACCAUUCAUAUUGGACUCUGCAAUUGGAUUGUUCCAUGGGAUGAUCUAACUUCAUUACAAAAGUGGAACCUGAAGUGGAACAAGUAUGAAACAGGCUGUUGCUGUCAGAUCGUCAGCUGCCAUAAUCUACACUGCUCAGCUCCAACAAAGACCCAAUGUGCUUGGACAGACCUGGCAUAUGAGAAAACCCCAGCAGGAUCACAGGCAAAGAACUCUGCCUGCACAAAGCGGGAGGAUGGUUCCUGCCACUGGUCUGGAGAAGGAGCAGCCAGCGUGAAUGAAAAUAUCUAUUAUGGCGAACCUUGAAUGUCCGUCUGCUGCAAUAAGAGUUGUGUUGAAGACCAGCAACAGGUGGUCCAGCUCAGUCAAAGACCCCCAGGUUCCACUGUUAAUGCCGACAAUUCCUUUCAGUUCAUUGUAUUCCUGCAUGCGAUGUGAGGCACAGCAGUUUCUCCAUCCAUUCUUACACUGAAUGUAUCCCAGUGAAUGAGAAGCAACAUUUAGAGUCCUGCGUUAAAUUCUGCUAGCAUGCUGAGCUUUGCCACCUGUGACAAACUGAGGCAGCAACAUCAGUACAAUAAUUGUGAAUACAAUACAAUACAAUACAAUACAAUACCGUUUAUUUGUCAUUUGAACCUCACAUGAAGUUCAAACGAAAUUUGGUUUCUGCAGUCAUACAAGAAAAGA